AUGAAGAUGAAGACUUUGGAAGAGAUCUAUCUUUUUGCACUCCCUAUCAGGGAAUCUGAGAUCAUAGAUUUCUUCCUGGGAUCUUCAUUGAAAGAUGAGGUUCUGAAGAUCAUGCCUCUCCAGAAACAAACCAGAGCUGGACAAUGGACCUGGUUCAAGGCUUUUGUGGCCAUUGGUGACCACAAUGGCCAUGAUGGUCUGGGUGUCAAGUGCUCCAAGGAAGUGGCCACAGCUAUUCGUGGUAUUAUCAUUCUGGUCAAGCUAUCCAUUGUUCCUGUGAGACGUGGCUACUGGGGGAACAAGAUUGGCAAGCUUCACACAGUGCCCUGCAAGGUCACUGGACGAUGUGGAUCGGUUCUGGUGUGCCUGAUCCCUGCUCCUAGAGGUACUGGCAUUGUCUCAGUUCCUGUGCCUAAGAAGCUCCUGAUGAUGGCUGGAAUUGAUGACUGCUACACUACUGCAAGAGGCUGUACUGCCACUCUGGGCAACUUUGCUAAAGAUACUUUUGAUGCCAUCUCCAAAACAUACAGCUAUCUAACCCCAGACCUGUGGAAGGACACUGUUUACUAAGUCUCCCUGUCAGGAAUUCACUGACCAUCUUGU